AUGCGUCUUUUUUUGGUACUUUGCUGCUCGUUGGCCGCCAUCGCCCAUGCCAAACCACAAGGAUACAAUUAUGGUACUGGCAUCUCAGGCGGCAGUGCUAACGUCGGCCGUUACCAAAGUAGUGGAAACUUCGUUGGUGGACUGAGCGGACUUGGGAGCAUAAGUGGUGCACCCAUUGGAGGUGGCAGCAGCAGCAGUUACGGAGGCUUUGGUAGCGCUAGCAACAGUGCACCAAGCUUUGGUAGCGCCAGCAGCAAUGCACCAAGCUUUGGACACUACCAAAGCGGUAGCAAUGGCAUCAGCAGUGGUGGUGGUUUUGGCAGCGGCAUAAGCGGAGGUUUCAGCAGUAUUGGUGGCAGCUCCUUCAAUGCUGGCUUUGGUGGACGACAACAAUCGGGCGGGUUUGAAGCUCCCCUUGUACACAAACAAUUCAUAACCGUUUCAGCGCCAGAGGAUCAUGAAUCGCUUGAGCAAAGCAAGCAUUUCGUUAUUGGACGCCCACAAAAGAACUAUCGUGUUGUCUUUAUUAAGGCGCCAUCCUCGAGCUCAGCAAAUGUCAAAUUGUCUGCGGAAUAUGCGCCACAAGAAGAAAAGACUGUCAUUUAUGUGUUGUCCAAAAAGGACUCCACACUCGAGGUCAACGAUAUAGCCACACCCGCACCCACAGUGCCCGCCAAACCAGAGGUAUUCUUUAUCAAAUACAAGACCGAAGAAGAGGCGCAUCAUGCACAACAACAAAUUCAAGCCGAGUAUGAUAAAAUCGAAGGCACAUCCGAGCACACCAAUGGCGGCAUUGGCCAACAACAAUCGGUUGUUGGUAUACUGGAUGGUGGCGUUGGUGGCGUUGGUUCAGCCAGUGGCAGCCACGGCGUUGGCGGUGGUAUUGCUGGUAGCAGUUAUGGCUCUGGAAGUGGUGCUGGCAUUGGUGACAUUAGUGGUAGUGGCUUCGUUGGUGCUUCCACUACAAGCAUUGGUGUUAGCCAAAGCGGUUCCGGUUUAAGUGGCGCUAAAUCAUCCACCUACUUGCCACCAUCCAAAGUAGUGUAAAAGGCCAAAAAUUUCGCGUUUUUCAGAUUAUAUUGUUAUGACAAGUGGAUUGUAGAAUAAAAAAUGUAAACA